AUGGGCUGGGUGCUGUGGGGGGUGCUGCUCGCCUGGAUGUCAGUGGCUUGGGUGAGAGGGGCUGAGCAGUUCCAGGAGCUGUCCUCCACUUCAGGGUUUCCAGAGUGCAGGAAGGCCCUGAAGCUCCCAAGUCUGGAAGUCCUGCCGGGGGGAGGCUGGGAUAACCUCAGGAAUUUGGAUAUGGGCAGAGUCAUCAACCUGGGCUAUUCACUGUGCAAGACCACAGAAGAUGGAUCUUAUAUCAUACCGGAUGAGAUCUUCACUAUCCCUCGCAAGCAGAGCAACCUGGACAUCAACUCUGAGAUCAUCGAGUCAUGGAAAGAUUACCAAAGCAUCACCUCUGCCUCCAUCAACCUGGAGCUGUCCCUUUUCUCCUCCAUCAAUGGCAAGUUCUCCUACGACUUCCACCGGACCAAGACCCACCAAGUGAAAGACUGUGCUGUCACCACCCGAGUGCAAGUCAGGAACCUGCUUUACACUGCCAAGAUCAACCCAGGGGCAGUCCUGGAUAAGGGCUUCAAGAAGCAGCUGAUGAUGAUCGCCAGCCACCUGGAGAACAACCAGACGCGGAUGGCUGAUUUUCUGGCCGAGGUGCUGGUGCUUAACUAUGGCACCCACACUAUCACCUCAGUGGACGCUGGAGCCAGCUUGGUGCAGGAGGAUCAGAUCAAGGCAACCUUCCUGAAGGACAGCUGGGCCACACGGAGUGCUGUCACUGCCUCAGCCGGCGUGGCCUUCCACAGCAUCAUCAAUGUGAAAAACGAGGAGUCCCUGGAUGUUAGCUCUGGCUUCACCAAGCAGUAUCUGGAAAACCGCACCAACUCCAGGGUAGAGAGCAUCGGCGGGACCCCUUUUUACCCAGGCAUCACCCUCAAGACCUGGCAAGAGGGGAUUAGAAACCAUUUGGUGGCUCUCGACCGCUCCGGGCUACCCCUGUACUUCUUCAUCAACCCCAGCACCCUGCCAGAGCUGCCCACCCCCACAGUGAAGAAGCUGGCCAGGCGAGUGGAGAUGGCUAUCCGCCGCUACUACACCUUCAACACCUACCCAGGCUGCACCGACGCCACCUCACCCAACUUCAACUUCCAUGCCAAUGCUGAUGAUGGCUCCUGUGAGGGUGCCAUGACCAACUUCACCUUCGGGGGAGCCUUCCAGGAGUGUGAUGGGCUCGCCGGCCCCGACACCAGCAUGCUGUGCCAGGAGCUGGAGCAGAGGAACCCCCUCACUGGGGCUUUCUCCUGCCCCACCACCUACACUCCGGUGCUGCUGGGCGUACAGGAGCGGGAGGAAGGCCACAGCCAUCUGGAGUGCCACAACAAGUGCAUCCUGGGCAUCUUCUGCCACCGCGAGUGCCGGGACGUCUUCUGGCUCUCCCGGGUGCAAUUCAGCGCCUACUGGUGCGCUACGAGUGGGCCGGUGGCCCCAAGCUCGGGAUACCUCUUUGGGGGGCUGUUCAGCGCCCACAGCGCCAACUCCAUCACCGGUGCCCAGUCCUGCCCCUCAGGGUACUUCCCGCUGAAGCUCUUCGAUGAACUCAGGGUGUGCGUGAGCCAGGAUUAUGAGGUGGGUGGCCAGUAUGCAGUGCCCUUCGGGGGCUUCUUCAGCUGCCAGGCAGGGAACCCCUUGGCAGGGCGGCACCAGGGCACCGCCGAGGACCCCCAUGCCAAGAGCUGCCCCGCAGGCUUCAGCCAACACUUGGCCCUCAUCAGUGAUAGCUGCCAGGUGGAGUACUGCAUCCAGGCUGGCAUCUUCACAGGGGGCUCGCUGUUUUUUUUCACUCGGCCCCCCACCAACCUGCCAGCCAUCGACACUGUGCUGGUGAGCAGCGGGGAUGGGGACAGCACCUGGGUCAGGGAUGGGCAGAGCCAUGUGUGGCGGCUGGCCCAGCCAGAAGAGAUCCAGCAUGUGGCGGAGAUGGUGAGGGGCCGGAGGCUGACGGGGGGGAAGGUGGCUGGCAUCACCGUAGCAGUCCUGGCGGGGCUGGCCACCAUCCUGACAAUGAUCUGCUACAGCCACCGGAGGUACAAGGCGAGGGGAUACCGCGCGAUGGGUGAAGGGGACAGCU